AUGGUGGUAGUUACAGGGCAGAACAAAGUGAGCGGAGACCCGGAUGAUGCCAUGUCGAGCUCAGAUGCAGAGGAUGAUUUCCAAGAGCCAGCCACUCCUACUGCAACCCAGGCAGGACAAGCGCUACCUCUGCUGCCUCAGCAGUUUCCAGAAGUUGUUCCACUAAACGUAGGAGGCAUGUAUUUUACAACAAGACUGUCAACACUGAGACGUUACGAGGACACGAUGUUGGCGGCUAUGUUCAGUGGAAGGCACUAUAUUCCAACAGAUGCUGAAGGCAGAUACUUUAUUGACAGAGAUGGAACCUACUUUGGAGACAUACUUAACUUUCUACGAUCUGGUGACCUGCCGCCAAGAGAGCGAGUGAGGUCAGUUUACAAGGAAGCACAGUAUUAUUCCAUAGGACCAUUGCUAGACAACCUAGAGGACAUCCAGCCUCUUAAAGGAGAAAAAGUUAGACAAGCUUUCCUGGGCCUAAUGCCAUAUUACAAAGAUCAUUUGGAACGGAUAAUCGAAAUAGCAAAGCUUAGAGCUAUGCAAAGAAAAGCAAGAUUUGCAAAACUGAAGGUCUGUGUCUUCAAAGAAGAGAUGCCCAUCACUCCCUAUGAAUGCCCGCAUUUCAAUUCCUUACGGUUUGAAAGGAGUGAAAGUGAGACAAAGCUGUUUGAACAUCACUGCGAAGUAGAUGUAUCUUUUGGCCCCUGGGAGGCUGUAGCUGAUGUAUAUGAUCUUCUGCACUGCAUUGUGACAGACCUGUCUGACAGAGGGAUAACUGUGGAUCAUCAGUGUAUCGGGGUGUGCGAUAAACACCUGAUAAAUCACUAUUACUGCAAGCGUCCUAUCUAUGAAUUCAAGAUUACUUGGUGGUGAGUUAUUUUGUCCAGAACGGUGCAGGGGACAAGAGGACUUCUAGACAACAAUUGCUUUUAAUAUUUUUGCAGCGUGUCUCUGGAAAUGCAUUGCUGCUAACAUGUGUUGGAAUCAGUCUGCUGAAAUGUUGGCUAAUGCGUAGCUGCUCAGCAAAAGGGGGAGCCUGUCACCGAGGUUGAAAAACCUCUGAAAUCUUGAAAAACCAGCCUGAAACAAGACUGUUGGCUCAGGUACCUUAACGAGGCACAAAACAAAAUCACCUCAUGGAAAUUAUGGAGAAGAGCAUCUAACAUCUUUUAAAAGGUUCCAC